AUGAUAAAGGAAAAUGAUAGAUAUGGCGAAGACAGCAGAUACUCUAUUCAAAACCAAACAGAUUCAACAGAAUACGAAAGGAUGAUCAUAGAAUUACAGGGUCAGAUUGAAAUCCUUAAUGACAGGUUAUUAGAGAAUAGUUUUAGAAAUUUGGAGCUAAAAUAAGCAAUUAAAAAACUUGAAAUGCUUGAGCAAGAAAAGGAAGGAAAGAUAAAGUAAUUAAAUGCUAAAAUGUAAAAUGAUUAUGCUAUAUAGAGAGUUAAUAAAUAAAGCACAAAAGGAUAAAAGAAAUAGACACUUGAAAGAGAUUUAUAGUCUAAAAAAAGAUAUGUUAGUCAUCAAAUCUAUGAUGAGAAUGACGAAAACUUUUACGAUUAUGAAUCAAAUAUUGAGAAUAUUAUAGAAGAGAUUAUUCUAUCAUAAAAAUGUAAUUUUGAUUAAAUCAAAAAAUCAUUUGAACCGAUCCUAUAGCAACAAAAAAUUGAUAUUUAAAAUAAGGAUUGCCGUGAUUUGGAAUAAUAUUUUAAGGACGUAGUGAUCUAAAUUAAAAAUAAAUUUUAAAAUACUUAAGAUAUUCAUUAAACUAGUUACAAUCAAUCUUAUAUGUAUGAGGAGUUAAAACGUCUACGAUUAGCACUAAAUUUAUUUAUAAAUGACUCUGUUUUGAUGAUUAAAGAUUAAUUAAACUAAAAGCGUUCAUUUUGCAAAAAUAUUGAGGAUAAUAAAAAUUAUUGCACAGAAAUCUAAGCUAUACUAAAUAGUGUAACAUAAAAUUAGGAUCAGUUCGAGAUAAGUUUGUAGUAGUUAUCUAUGGCAUUUAAGAAAAUUAUCUAAUUGGUUGUUUGA